AUGGCGCCGGAUCUCGCUUCUCAGAGGCAUUCAGAGAGCUUCCCCAGCGUGAACUCUCGGCCGAAUGUCAUUUUGCCAGGCCGCGAGGGACGCAGAGAGGGGCUGCCACCUGGCAGGGGCACGCGCGGUAGUCUCGUCCCUACCCGCCCGGUGCCGCCGUCCCCGGCUCCCCUCGGGGCGGGUCCGUACAGCUGGAGCCGUUCCGGACCCGGAAGGGGCGGUGGCGCAGGGUCCUCGCGCGUCCCACGUGGGGUCCCGGGCCCAGCAGUCUGCGCUCCCGGCUCGCUGCUGCACCACGCGUCACCCACGCAGGCCAUGGCAGCCGCCGACGGUUCGCUCUUGGACAACCCCAGGACGUUCUCCAGACGUCCUCCAGCCCAGGCGAGUCGGCAAGCAAAGGCUACGAAAAGAAAAUACCAAGCGUCCAGUGAUGCUCCCCCAGCGAAACGGAGGAACGAAACUUCAUUUCUCCCAGCCAAGAAAACUAGUGUUAAAGAAACUCAAAGGACUUUUAAGGGGAACACACAAAAAACGUUUUCUCCAAAGAAGCAUUCGGUUAGCACAAAUGAUAGAAACCAGGAGGAGAGACAAUGCAUUAAGACUUCAUCACUGUUUAAAAACAACCCUGACAUUCCAGAACUACACAGACCUGUGGUAAAGCAGGUGCAAGAAAAAGUGUUUACUUCAGCUGUUUUUCAUGAGCUGGGCCUCCACCCACAUUUAAUUUCCACAAUAAAUACGGUCUUAAAAAUGUCUAGUAUGACCAGUGUUCAGAAGCAAAGUAUUCCUGUGUUGCUGGAAGGCAGAGAUGCUCUCGUGAGAUCCCAGACGGGCUCAGGUAAAACUCUUGCCUAUUGCAUCCCUGUGGUCCAGUCCCUUCAAGCAAUGGAGUCAAAAAUACAGCGCAGUGAUGGCCCCUAUGCCCUGGUGCUUGUGCCAACGAGAGAGCUGGCUCUGCAAAGCUUUGACACUGUCCAGAAACUGCUUAAGCCUUUCACGUGGAUUGUGCCUGGAGUGUUAAUGGGAGGAGAGAAGAGAAAAUCAGAAAAGGCCAGACUUCGCAAAGGAAUAAAUAUCCUUAUCUCAACUCCUGGACGCCUGGUGGAUCAUAUAAAAUCCACAAAGAACAUUCAUUUUAGUCGGCUGCGGUGGUUGGUGUUUGAUGAAGCAGACAGAAUCUUGGAUUUGGGUUUUGAAAAGGACAUCACAGUGAUACUUAAUGCUGUAAAUGCUGAAUGCCAAAAACGACAGAAUGUCUUGCUAUCAGCGACACUCACAGAAGGCGUAACGCGGCUAGCUGAUAUCAGUUUGCAUGAUCCAGUCAGUAUUUCUGUCCUGGACAAGAGCCAUGACCAGUUGAACCCAAAGGACAAAGCGGUCCAGGAGGUCUGUCCUCCACCAGCUGGCGACGAGCUGGACAGCUUUGCAAUACCAGAGAGUCUCGAGCAGCACGUGACUGUGGUUCCCAGCAAACUGAGGCUUGUCUGCCUAGCGGCCUUCAUCCUUCAGAAAUGCAAGUUUGAGAAGGACCAGAAGAUGGUUGUCUUUUUCUCAAGUUGCGAGCUGGUGGAGUUCCACUACAGCCUCUUCCUACAGACCCUGCUGAGCAGCUCAGGGGCGCCAGCAUCAGGGCAGUUGCCAUCUGCCUCCACACGAUUAAAAUUCCUACGGCUGCAUGGCAGCAUGGAGCAGGAGGAAAGAACAGCAGUGUUUCAGGAAUUUUCACGUUCCAGAAGAGGCGUCCUUCUUUGCACGGAUGUUGCAGCUCGGGGCUUAGAUCUACCUCAAGUCACGUGGAUUGUUCAGUACAACGCUCCAUCUUCACCUGCAGAAUACAUCCACCGGAUUGGAAGAACCGCCCGGAUUGGCUGCCAUGGGAGCAGCCUGCUCAUUUUGGCUCCUUCGGAGGCAGAAUAUGUCAACUCGUUGGCUUCUCACAAAAUCAACGUUUCUGAGAUUAAGAUGGAAGAUAUUUUGUGUGUUCUGACAAGAGAUGAUUGUUUUAAAGGGAAACGAUGGGGAGCCCAGAAAUCCCAUGCUGUUGGCCCCCAGGAAAUCCGAGAGCGAGCCACAGUCUUGCAGACGGUAUUUGAAGAUUACGUGCACUCCAGUGAGAGGAGGGUCUCCUGGGCAAAGAAAGCUCUGCAGUCCUUCAUCCAAGCCUACGCCACCUACCCUAGGGAGCUGAAGCACAUCUUCCACGUCCGAUCCCUCCACCUUGGGCAUGUGGCGAAGAGCUUCGGACUAAGAGAUGCCCCCAGGAAUCUUAGUGCCUUGACUAGAAGGAAGAGGAAAGCACACCUGAAAAGAGGAUUUCAGCGCGAAAGAGUGGCCUUGAUUCAAAAUGUACUUCAGUUUCUGGAUGUAUCUGGAUGAGAGCCCUAUGUCCCCGUGAGCGUCCUGGCCUGCCCAGUCCCUCAGUCAUUCACAGGACUCUGGUCGAUGCCUCUGCAGUGUCCUUCAGUGGUAAGAAAAAAAAAUAAUUCAUAUUAAUCUAUUGCUUAAAAGUGCCAGUUCUUGUGCUAAUCACAUCGUACACAUUCUUUAAUGGUCACCUAAUUUAGCUUGAAGACACGGUCUGUGAUGUGUGGGGUCCUGUCUCUGAGAUGAGGCACAGAGAGGAUAGGACUGUUGCUCAAGAUUACACGGAAAUUGCUGGGCAGAGCUGGGCUUCACACUCUUCUGCGGUACGGCGUGCUACCGCCUGCUCAGGGCCAGCCCACUCAGACUCUGCCUGCUUGGGAGAUUGGAGGGAUAAAGGAAAAUGAGUAUUGAAGACUUUUGGCUUCCACAGCUGGGUAGAUAGAUAGUGGUCUCACUUAUGAGAUAGGAAAGACAGAGGGAGAAGUAAGUUUGGCAGGAAAAAAAAAUCAAGUGUCUGCCUUGGCCAUGGUGGUUAACAAUGAAUGCCAGACACUCAAGGGGAGACGCUGAGUGGGCAGUUGGAUAAAUGAGUCUGGGGGUUGGGCAUGGUGGCUCAUGCCUGUUAUUCCAGCACUUUGGGAGGCUGAGGCGGGUGGAUCACCUGAGGUCAGGAGUUUGAGACCAGCCUGCCCAACAUGGUAAACCCCAUCUCUACUAAAAAUACAAAAAUUAUCUGGGCAUGGUGGCAUGCGCCUGUAAUCCCAGCUACUCAGGAGGCUGAGGCAGGAGAAUUGUUUGAACCUGGUAGGCAGAGGCUGCAAUGAGCUGAGAUUGCACCACUGCACUCCAACCUGGGCGACAGAGCGAGACUCCAUCUCAAAAAAUAAAUUAAUUAAAAUAAAAUAAAAAAAGAGCCUGGGGUUCCCAGGUUGAAGAUCAACAUUAAGAAAUCCUGGGCUGGGGCCAGGUGCGGUGGCUCAUGCCUGUAAUCCCAGCACUUCAGGAGGCUGAGGCGGGCGGAUCACGAGGUCAGGAGAUCGAGAUCAUCCUGGCUAAUGUGGUGAAACCCCGUCUCCGCUAAAAAUAUUUAAAAAAUUAGCCGGGCCUGGUGGCGGGCACCUGUAGUCCCAGCUACUCUGGAAGCUGAGGCAGGAGAAUGGCGUGAACCCAGGAGGUGGAGCUUGCAGUGAGCCGAGAUCGCAUCACUGCACUCCAGCCUGGGCGACAGAGUGAGACUGUUUAAAAACAAAAAAGAAAUCCUCGGCUGGGCGCGGUGGCUCAUGCCUGUAAUCCCAGCACUUUGGGAGGCCAAGGCGGGCAGAUCACGAGGUCAAGAGAUCAAGACCAUCCUGGCCAACGUGAUGAAACCCCGUCUCUACUAAAAAUACAAAAAUUAGCUGGGUGUGGUGGUACGCGCCUGUAGUCCCAGCAACUCGGGAGGCUGAGGCAGGAGAAUCACCUGAACCCGGGAGGCAGAGGUUGCAGUGAGUUGAGAUUGCGCCCCUGCACUCCAGCCUGGCGACAGAGCGAGACUCUGUCUCAAAAAAAAAAAAAUCCUCAGAUUAGAAAUGAUAUUUAAAACUUGAAAAUUUGCCUCCUCAAAAAAGGUGUGGCUGGAAUGUUUUGGAGGUUCGCUUACCUUGAGAGGUCUCUAUGUGGCAUCACCCUCAUUUGAUGGCUCUGAGGCUGGUUUGCUCACUGGUUUUCAAAUGAAGACACAAAAAGAGGAUGACAAAUAGCAUUUUUAAUUUAAAAUAGAUCAGCAUAAAAUUUGCAGAGAGAAGCCAAAGAACACAUGGAAAGACCGAGUGAGGAAGUGCCCAGGAAUUCGGCUGAGAAGCUCAGCAGCCUGUGUUCGGCAGUCUACCCCCUGACCCGGAAAGCUCUCUUUUUCCAGAGGGGGUUGACCUUCCAGAGUCAGUCCUGGGGGAGGAGUCCAUCUUGGCCUGCUUGAUUGACGGGGCCCCAGCACUGAGGAGGCGGGGGCAGGCUCGAGUAAUGAACCAUUGGCUCUUCCUGCUGUCAGAGGUCCCAGAGAGAUAAUACUGCCGUGAUGAGACAUCAGGCAUCCCAAAAAGAGCAAUUAAAACUCAUGUUUGGAAUAGAAAAUGAGGGCUUUCAAAGCACGUCACUGUCAUGCUUUCUGCAGCAAAUACACAGGUCGUUCUUAACACUUAAUGGGCAGAGCCAUGGAAUCGACCAUUAGCCUGGAGUCU